AUGACCCAGGAUUCCGAGAACAGCAUUGCGGUCGACAAUUUCACGGAUAUCGCCUCCCUGGCGUCAUGGGACAAUGUGUCUGAAUCGCCCACAGCCACAACCACAUCAGGCAAUAGCAAUGGCACCGGCAAUGGCACCGACGGGCGACCACAAGCACAUCAGCAACCUCAUAAAACUCGCACACUAGCUCCUAACCUCACCCGGCGCUCGCACAAGAAGUCUCGCGGAGGUUGCUAUAGCUGCAAGAGCCGCAAGAUCAAAUGCGGCGAGCAGAAACCGGCAUGCGGGAGCUGUGUGAUGAAGGGCAUGAGCUGCGUGUACCCCGCGGAGCCAGUGGCACGCCACAGCAGCAGCAACGGCAGGACAUCUCACACGCUGUCGGUGCUGCGAUGGAAUCCGACAACGGGGCCAUCGUUUCCCGGCAGUGGAAGCGGAGAGACAACAGGGACGUUUUCAAUGCUGGACAUGCGCUUCUUCCACCAUUUCUUGACCAUAGCAUACCCGCACCUGCCCGUGGACAAUGACUCGGUGUGGGUGCACGAGAUCCCCCAGUUUGCUGAGCAGCACCCGUAUCUGAUGCAUGCGAUCCUGUCGCUCGGGGCGUCGCACCUGAGCCGCCUGACUGGGGUGGACUACCGGCGCGAGUCGCUGGUGCACCGGGGCCAUGCGUUCGCCGGGCUGAACCAGGCGCUGAGCCAGACUGCGCUGGCGUACGGCGAGUCAGACGCAAUGCUGGCGUCUUGCUACGCUCUGACAUUCCAGGCCUCGUACAUGGGCGACGGCCUGGUUGACUUUAUCACCAUGGUGCGUGGGUGUGCGCUGACGACGCAAAAGAUCCAGCAGGAAAACUCGCCUACCGCAUUCAAUUUGCACCCGGACUACCAUUUCAAAUUCAUGGCUCCGCGUCUCCCCCAGCUGCCCUCCGUCCAUCCGCAGCUGCUGGAAGACGCGGACCGAGCGCUCGAGGGCAUCCGGCCCUAUGUGGCCGGCGACACCGAGCUCGAUUUCCACGACGCCCUGGUCGACGUUGUCAUCAGCCUGCAAGCCAGCCCGAUCGAUGGCUACCUGCAAUUCAUCGGCGUUUACGGCGUGUGGUACGAGCUGUGCCACGAUAGUUUUCAGAGCUUUCUCGACCCUGACAACCUCGUCGCCCAGCUACUACUUGCGUACUUUAUCUGCCUCCAGCUGCUCAUGGUACCCCUGGCUGCGCAGGAAUGGCAGCAACGCGCCGACACCACCCGUGUGCGCGUGCUAUCCGGCACCGUUGAGUGGGCCGAGGCCAUUUUCGAGCGCUUGGGUGACUCGGAGCUGAACGUCCAUCUCGAGUGGCCACGCAACAUCAUCGCCAUCGUGGUUGCCGAGAUCGAGGGGCGGGUGCCGCAAUGGCCCCCGGUCCUGCAGCUGCAUCUGGCCCAGAGAGACGUGACGCCGCAGUCGACCAUUCUUGAUCCGGUGUGA